UGCCUCGCUGCCUCGCCCUUGCUGGACAAGCUCCUGGCCAGUGCGGAGAGAUCGGCGAAGGUGGCCUGAGGUCCCCACGCCAGUCCACCCCCAGACCAGGCCGGCGCACCCGAGACCAGGCUCAGUCUCUGGAUCCGCAGGGUGGUGGCGUCCCCAGCUCGGCCUUGCCCACUUGACCCUAAGCUGGGCCUGCCGCCCGAGGCGCUGUCCAUCGGACUGGGGCGCGUUAAUGGAGGGUGUGUGCAAAUCGGAGCCCCGUGGUCUGGGCGCACCCUCGCAGCCCAUGACCGAAGCUGGCGCUCCCCGCCGGUUUCGGCGGGCGGUGCCCCGGGGAGAGGCUGCGGGCGCGGUGCAGGAGCUGGCGCGGGCGCUGGCGCACCUGCUGGAGGCUGAACGGCAGGAGCGGGCGCGGGCCGAGGCCCAGGAGGCCGAGGAUCAGCAGGCACGCGUCCUGGCGCAGCUGCUGGGCCUCUGGGGCGCUCCCCGCGCCUCCGACCCGGGCCUGGCCCUGGACGACGACCCGGACGCGCCCGCCGCGCAGCUCGCCCGCGCCCUGCUCCGCGCCCGCCUUGACCCUGCAGCCCUCGCAGCCCAGCUUGCCCCCGCCCCCGCCGCUGCUCUCAGACCCCGGCCCCCAGCCUACGAGGACGGCCCCGCCGGUCCCGACGCCGAGGACACCGGCGACGAGACGCCCGAUGUGGACCCCGAGCUGCUGAGGUAUUUGCUGGGGCGGCUUCUCGCCGGGAAUGCGGACCCCGAGGCUGCGGCAGUCCCGCGCCGCCUUCGCCGCGCGGCAGAGCAAGAUCUGGGCCCUGCGGUGCCCUCUGAGGGCGUACUGGGGGCGCUGUUGCGCGUGAAACGCCUGGAGACCCCCGCGCCCCAGGCGCCGGCGCGUCGCCUCCUGCCACCCUGAGCACCGCGGGAGUCCCGCAGGCCCUCCGACCCAGGACUGCCCACGCCUCCACCUCCCAGACUGCUCUCCCUCAACGCGUGGAGAACGGCUUACAGCCCCGGUUGCCCUCUAACUCCAAGAUCCCCACCCCUUGGCUCCACAAUAAAUAUGAUCUGAAGCAGCUA